AGAAAACGAAAGGAAGAACAAGAGAAAAAACGAGUUCAACAAGUGACUGCAGCAGUGCCCAAGCCUGUCACAUUGGCUGCAAGCACAAGCAAACAAGAGAUGUCCGAUGUCCAGUUGCUUGAUUCUGUUCAAGUGGAGACUGAGAAGGAGGCUCAGGCCACUACACCUGGAACAUCUGCCCCCCAUGGUCCAAUUACAUUGUUCUGUCUUUUUUGCGGUGAUGACAUUGAAAAUGCAUUUCCAGUUUCUGCCAACAAGAAUGUAACCAUUGGAGAACUCAAGAAAACCAUCAACCAGGAAUAUCUUGUAAUGUGGAGAGUUAAUAUUCCCAAGGAUAAUGAGGAAAAGAUUGAGCAACUUCGAAACAAUGAGAAAACCAUCGAAGAGUUAGGUGGCAUCAAGAUAAAAUAUAUGACAGAGAGAUGUUUGGUACUCCCGCUUCGGGAUCCAUCCAUUGUCGAGUGUCACAGUAAGUAG